UUCAUGUGAAGUGAACUGUAAUUCCUGUACAGGUCUGAUCAUUCUGAUGGAGAAAUCAGACGCUGUUUAGAAGACUUCUGGGAUCAGUAAGAACUCACACUGAAGGUGCUGCAGGAAGAAGGGGUUUAUUCAGGAUGUAAACACUGCACCAUAUGGGAUGAAUGUAUCAUUAUUGUGGGAUUAGUGUAUGAUUAAUGUGGGAUUAAUUUGGGAUGAAGUUAUGAUUAAAGUGGGAUUAGUGUAUGAUUACUAAUCCCACACGAGACACCACCUGCUAAUGAGAGACUCGUUUCUUCCUUAAAAGUGUUGAUCACAAUCUACACAGAGACCUAAUCAGGGGUCAGUAUUAAGUUGUCACUGCAGUGUCCGUGAGGUCAACCAAACAAAACUAAACAAGUUAGAAAAUGACCACAGCUCAUAGUGCGUUUAUGAACGAAUGUGACGUCACAGCGCGAAUCUGAUUGGACCACACGAAACCUACGUCACCUAACCCGGAAGUAGGGAAUAGUAAGAUGGCUGUGCUGCGCUGUCGGAGAGACCCGUGUGGGUUGAUCUGCAUCAUUCUGACUUACUUCAGCGUCUUUUACGCGGACUACGUGGUCAUUCAGUAUGUACUAAUCCCAGCUUACUCUGGAAGUGUCUGGUGUACACUUCAUGGAUCUGUCUUUAAUGUCAUAUUACUGCUGCUCCUGGCCUGUCAUUCAAAAGCAGUGUUCUCAGAUCCAGGAAUGGUUCCUCUUCCUGAGACAGCCAUUGAUUUCUCAGACUUGAGGUCUCAGUCCAGUCGUGUCAAUGACAGGGUGAGGUCACACUUCACUGUCCACUGUGUCCAACUACAUGCAGUACCUGCUGCUUCAGCUAUAUCAGAGAAGAGGCUUGUGAAGGCUGGACUGUGUGUAGCCGCUGUGAAACCUAUCGUCCUCCUCGUGCACAUCACUGCCGAGUGUGUCAGCGCUGCAUCAGACGCAUGGAUCACCACUGCCCGUGGCAUGGCCAGCCUGUACUCCAUGGCUCUGGUGGUGUCAGCGUGGGUGUGGAGGAUACGGAAUGAACUAGAUGGAGAUGAAGACAAAGGAGGAGAGGAUGUUCCCAGCAAACACCUAAUAGUGGCACAUUACAUCAUCCUGUUAGUGGAGUCCAUUCUGUUUGGUGUUUUUGUCCUGGUGAUAUUUUAUGACCAGCUAGUGUCCAUUAUAACAGACGAGACUCCCAUUGAGCAGAUGAGGAACAGGCUGAUGAAGGACAGACCCAACAGUGGGCAGUCAGUGCACACGACACACACCCGAAAACCUAAAGUGGCAUUACUGAGGGAGGUGUUUGGAAGAGGCUCGGUGCUGUGUUGGCUUUUACCGUUCCAGUCCUCUCCUCCGUCUGCUGGAGGAAUCACUUACUCACCUGUUUCUGAUUACGACGUGUAACGAUGACCGCAUCAGCAUUCCUUUACAGUUUGGAUGAAGGAAGGAUGAAUGUGUUUAUAAAGGUUAGCACUGUGGGUCAUGUAGUAGCUCUUAAUCUGUGUACACUCACCAGUGUGACCAUGUGGCCAGAGCUGUUCAGUGAGAAACUUUCUCUUUCUUUCUUUCUUUCUUUCUUUCUUUCUUUCUUUCUUUCUUUCUUUCUUUCUUUCUUUCUUUCUUUCUCUCUCUCUCUCUCUGUCUGUCUCUAUCCAUCAUCAUUGCCUUUCACUGGUUUACUUUUGCAAAUAACAAAGAAAUAGAGAUGUUUAAUUAAAUAUUAAAAUAUUGCAUACAUUUUUUUUAAUAUAAAUUCUGUACCUAAUCUAGACGGGCUGUAAGUAUAAUAGCUGCUGUGAGAUCUGUUCCACCUUCACAUCUGGAACAUCUGAGAGGAGAGCAGCUCUGUUUAAUGCAGGAAAAAUGCAGCAGUUACGUCACAUGGACUUUUGCCAGUGAAGGCUAAAGGAGUUAUUUAACUUAAACACUAAGGCGUUUCCCGAACGCUUUGAGAAUGCCUUUGACAAAUGAUGAACAUAUUUAUCCCCAUGGCUUCGGGAAGCUGUCGCGAGGUUGUGAUGGACAAUUAAAUGGUCAACACCGGACGUGUUAGCGCCAGUUCAUGGUGGGCGGGUCGCACCAUUCCAUGUGUGUUUAUGAAGAAAUGGUGAUGAUGCAGGAGAUGUGUUGUAAAUAAAGUUGAACAGUGUUCAUUUCCCCUGUGUGUGGAGAAUUUGGGACUCCAUGUACGAUAUACUUGAAUAUAGGUUCUGUGAAGGUUUCAGGCAUUUUUUUUUUUAGCAAACUCUAUUGGUGUUGAAGUCCAGUAGGAGGCGUAGCAGCAGUAUCUCUAACACCAACACUGUGUUAAUGAACAUCAGGCGGUCCUGUGGGAUGAAGUCAACGUCAUUGCUUGGCACUUAAACGAUGUUAAGAUAAACUAAACAUUACUGACAUCUAUCGUGUGCUAAAAGUGUUUGUUUUUCAUUUAUAUCUAUUUAUUUAUUUAUUUUUAUUCAGUGAUCUGUCGGUCACCUAGUUUUGAGUUUAUAGGUGUUUUAAAAUGUAUAUAAAUGUAUUUUAUAGCAUUCGGUGCAGGGAAACUGAGCGGUUAUUACAGUGCUUUGAGUUUUCUUUGUGUACUUUGUGAUAUGUUUGUUCUGCUGUAUGACGGACUGAAGGAUGCUUGUACAUGGCUAAUGUUUACAUUGAUAUUUAUUGUACUUUAUCCGUCUAAAUGCUGCUGAAUUAAAGGACAUCUUUUAAUAUGA